AUGUCCAACAAAACUUAUAACGAUUUGCUGGUCGAGACUUCAGAGUUGAUAGGAGAAGCAACUCAAGCGGAUGAAGCGCUUUUUGAAGCGGGAGCAGCUGAUAGAAAUACACUUCUACCAAUUCUUCUAGAGCUUCGAGUAAGGUAUACGAUGUUGCUCAGUCGGCUGGAUACAGUGUACGACCAGCUUUUGCAGCCACAAAAGCGGAUGAUUGUCAAAAGACUGCUGGAAUCUUGUUUGGGAAGACUAAUAGAGAUAAAACAUGAUUUAGUGGAGAUGCGCUUGACUGAUCAUACUUUUGAUGAUGAUGAGGUACUUAAGCUCCAAGUGACUCCAAACCAAGCUGAACCGUGUAUACCACAAUUCUUCAUCCGUGAGAGAGCAGAAGAGAUUGAGAGUAGACGACAGUUUGUACUUGACACAUUGAGAAAGUUGGGUUAUGAGCCUCCGAAGCCACAACCUCUAGUACUGACGGAACAGCAGGCUGUGAUCAUUAUACAAAGUCACGAAAGAGCUAGACAGGGAAGACUGAGAGGUCAGUUUAUGAAAGAAAUUCGUCUGUUAAAAGAGAAAGGCAGAGAUCAGAAAGGAGAAAUGUCAGCAUCUGCAGCCACUGCUAUUCAGAAGGUCUGGCGAGGAUUCUUAGCUAGAAGGCUAACUAGACGCAGGAAAAUAGAAGAACAGCUCUUAAUUGGCAUGGAAUUGCCUCCAUAUAUGGAAUCUGAAGCUCAGAGGAAAGCAGAAGAAGUUAAGGAUUACCGACGCAAAUUACAAUCGGACAGAGAGAAGGAGUAUCAAGCAGCAUUAGUCUCAAUUGAAGAAGAUCUUCGAAAACAACAUGAGAAAAAGUUAAACGAACAGAUUGGAGACGAACUGCGGAGGUGGAUAAGAGAGUACUAUGAUAGAACCGGACGGUUUCCUGAAAUGCCUUCUGAAGAAAGCGGAGGCAGCAGAGCUAUGUAUAGUCGAACUGGAACUGGUAUGGAUAGUGAAAUAAGCAAGUCAUCGCCUGUGUCUUCUAAAGAAUCCAAAAGGAGUAAGGAAAGCAAAGAUAAAAAGAAUGGUAAAGGAGAUGAAAAUGGUAAAAACGGGAAAGAAGAUGCUGAUGACCUUGACACUUACAAGUGUGCUAGUUCUGCCUUCUUGAAAGAUAUGACUGGCGCUAAUGAGGAAUAUGAGGAUAUAUGGAAGUUCAAAGAAGACGCAGAUAAUCCUCACGAGAGAUACUACAAAGACAUGAUAGAAAGAGAGAAGAUGGUCAAGAUUGAACAGGAGAUUAGGAACAUUGUGGAUGAAUUAAUGAGGAAUGAACUGGAACUCCUGCAAGCUGCUUACGACCGAGACAGAGCACAGAAAGGGAAGAAAUCUAAGAAACAACAGAAAAAGACUCGUCGUGGAGGGAAGAAGAGUAAAAAGAAAAAAGAGAAAGAUUUAACACCCGAUAGAACUACAGAAUCUUUGUUUGAAGAACUGGUUUCCAACGGCAUUAUAAGACCAUAUCCUCUAGUCAAGAUUGACGACUAUAUUGGAGAAAAAUGCUUUGUAGGAGCUAGCUAUAGAGAGAGUGGAGUUGAGGCAACACCGUGUUUAGGCGAUGUUAGGCAGCUGGUGAAGGAGUAUUGUAUACUACCACUGGGAUCUGAAUUAGUGCGGAAUAAUGCUCCUUUAGUGAGAUCGGUUCUUAUAACAGGGCCAGGAAAAUGUGGAAAGAAGAUGUUGGUCCAUUCCAUUUGCAACGAAGUUGGAGCCAUGCUUUUUGAUUUAACUCCCGCUAAUAUAGUGGGCAAAUAUCCUGGCAAGUCUGGGCUUAUAAUGUUAAUUCACUUGGUGAUGAAAGUAUCCAGGCUUUUACAACCAUCAGUAAUUUGGAUGGACGAUGCUGAAAAACCGUUCGUGAAGAAAAUUCCAAAAACAGACAAGACUGAUCCAAAACGGUUGAAGAAGGAUUUAGUGAAAAUUAUUAAAGGCAUUUGUCCAGAAGAUCGUGUCAUAUUCAUUGGUACUUCAAGAGCACCAUGGGAUGCAGAACAAAAACUACUAUUCCAAUGCUAUCAGAAGAUCAUCCAAGUACCGAGAGCUGAUUAUGGAAGCAUUUCUAUGAUGUGGAGAAGCAAGCUCCAUAGGGCUGGAGCUUUGAAUCCUAGAUUGGAUAUAUCUUGUUUGUCUAGGAUUUCUGACUCCUAUACAUUGGGCACUCUUUUGGAAGCUUUGGACGCUGUACUAACAACGAAAAGGCGUUUGCAACUGCGUGUACGUGUACUAACAGCUGCUGAAAUAGCAGUUCAGCUUAGCACGAGGGAACCAGUAUAUGCUGAACAUGAAGCAGCAGCUGACUCCUGGUGGUACAAGACCCCGAUGGAGAAGAGAAGGCAGAAGGUUUUACAGAGGCUGGAAGAAGCACAAGCUGAGGCCGAAAAUGGCGGCUGA